AUGGGCGCAUCGGAGAAGACGGCGGCUGGUGUAUCAACGCUACCUCUUCUUCAUCUUCCCCAAGACAUUCUCGUCGAGAUCCUCUCCAACCUCCCUGCUAAAUCGCUAGUACGAUUCAGGUGCGUUUCAAAAUUCUUUUACGCUCUCGUAGUUGAUCAUGGCUUUGGCGUUAUGCAUCGCAGCUUGUCCUUAAAGCUUCCCAGUAGAGCGGGCAUCCUCAUCUCUAUCUCCUCCCGUUCCUCCCCUGCGUAUUACACCAUAAAUUUCAGCGAACAAAACGCCCAGCGGCCGGGAAUGCUCCAAGCCAACCGUCUUGCCUACUUGGACUCUGAACCCUUUCUGAAAGGCUCUCUACUACGCUCCUCCUCCGAUGGCCUGAUUUGUCUGUCCAAACCCAAUGGAGAUGUCGUUGUUUGCAAUGUUAGUACGGGACAGCGUAUUUCCCUUCCAAGAAUCCAAUUCCACUCCCCCCAUCGGCCUUCAAUCUGUGCGCAAUUGGGGUUCAAUUCACAAUCUAAAAGAUACAAGGUUUUGAUGUCAACCUGGAUGUUUGCUCGAGGCAAGUGGUCCACCAGCUUCGAGUAUAAGCAUUGGGUUUUAACCGUGGGAGUUGAUAAAUCAUGGAGGGAGAUCAACUAUUCUCCCCACCCCUUUGAGGGCUAUGGCAGCCUUAUCGAUUCCGAUGCUACUAGUGUCUACAUCGACGGCUUUAUCUAUUCUUAUAAUUGGCUUACUAAAGCUGACCCUCCUAGCUUCCACAUAGUAGCAUUUGAAGUUGGGUCUGAGAGUUAUUCUUUGAUACCAUUUCCAGCUGAAGUUUCAUUAUCGCAGGAGUAUCCUUUAGUUGGUUAUUUAGCUCCAUUUAGGGACAAAUGCCGAGAUCUUCUCAGAGAUUUUGCAUUGCUACAAGUUGAUGGAGGUCGACUAGCUAUUGUUUUUGUUCGCAAAAUAGGCCACCUAAGCUACAUGGAUGUUUGGACCCACCUAAGCUACAUGGAUGUUUGGACUUGGGAGAUAUCUAAGGAAUGCUGGGAGAAGAUUACUAUGAUCAUUCCAUUGGAAGAGAGUAUAGAUAUACCCCAUCGAUUCUUGCGCUAUACUACGAAUCAUGUUGGGGAGAUUGUGUUGUUAUGUAUAAAUAGAGAACGGUUUUCUAUUUUGAUUUGUAACUUAAAAAGUGAGGUUUGGAGACAAUUUGAUGUAGGUGGAGUUGAGGAAUUUCCAACUCUUUGCCCUGAGGAUGUUAGAAUCUACAGGAUUAUGGACAAUGUGUUUUCUUUGGAGUAG